CGGCGGUUAUAUAGACAGCCUCUGGGGUCCUUGCAGUCAGUAAUGCCGGGAGGAAAGAUGGUGGCGGAGCGGCUGAUGCUGUGUGUGGUCGCUGCCUUACAGGCGAUAUCGACCUAUGGAGUGGAACUGUCUUCAGAAGCAUGCAGGGACCUUGGGUUUUCCAGUAACUUAUUGUGCACCUCCUGUGACCUGCUGGGGCAGUUUCAACUGAAUGGGAUUGAAACACCUUGCAGACAGUGUUGCCAGGAAGAGGCACGCUUUGAAUCAAGAAAGAUGUAUGCUGGAGCUAUUCUGGAGGUCUGUGGAUGAAAAUUGGGGAGGUUCCCUCAAGUCCAGGCUUUUGUCAGGAGUGAUAAGCCCAAGCUUUUCAAGGGUCUGCAAAUCAAGUAUGUGCGUGGCUCUGAUCCUGUACUGAAGUUGCUGGAUGACAACGGGAACAUCUCUGAAGAACUCAGCAUCACCAAAUGGAACACCGACAGUGUAGAAGAAUUUCUAAGUGAAAAGUUGCACCGUUUAUAAUUAUUUUUUUUUUUUUAUCAAACCUAUCGCACAUAUCUUUCACUCCCAUUUACAGCAGCCUGCCAUUUCUUCUCUUUAAAAAAAAAAAAAAAAAAAUCGCCACUAUUUUUAAUUAUUUAUAUGUGGUGGGGGAGAAAACCUUUCAAUGACAUAACUGCAUUUAGUUUUGAUGCUGACCCUUGCUCUAAACAGCCUAUAUCACAUUAAUGCCUUUUCUUAUAGUUGCCAAAUGUGGACAGACUAAAGUUGGCCAUAUUCAAUGUUUUACUGUAUAUGGGGAGUUAAUGCAUAUUUUAGGGAUAUUUUUAGUAUUUCUAUAAUAAACUGUCAUGACUCGGGGCAUUUAUAUAUUGAAUACUGUUUAUGUACGAUCUCUUAAAUUAUGUCCUGAUUACUUACUGUUUUCUAAUGAAGGGAUGUCUUUAAGCACAGUUUAUACCAUUGUUUGAGCACAGUCUGUGUUAAAAAAAAAAUUAGGCUGAAGAGUAGCUACUUUUUUUAAUUUUACUUUUUGACACCAGGCCAAGCUACUCUGUAGUCUAACAGCACCUGGAAAGGCACGGCUUCUACCUUCUCUCCAAGGGGACAUUUUCAAACCUUCUGAGCUCUUUGGUUAAGUUUGUUCUAAAGGUACAUAAAUGUCAAAUUAAUUUACAUAUUUCCACAAGCAAUGAAAUGUAAGCUUUUAGUGGGACUUGGCCUUUUAAAUGCAUCAUGGCCACUUCCUCUGGUUUUUGAAUGGGUUGUCAGUAGGCCCCAUAGUGGUAUUGGCUGGUAUUUUUAUUUAUUUUUCUCCCAGCCUCUGAGUUCAGUUGCUAACAACUUGCGCUUUUCUGAUCUCUAUAUAGGAACAUUUAGGAUGAAUGAAAAAGGUAAACCAUAAUUUGCCAGACCAGUACUUUUUGGUGCAUUCUCUUAAACUGAUUACCCUAAGAUUUUACAGUUAAUGUAGAUCAUUGUAAAAUGUAUGAAAUCCAAGCUUCCAGCUCCCUUUUUUUUUUUUCUUUUUUUUUUAAUAUAGGAGAAAAUCCUUCAAUUAAACUACUGUAAUUGUGAAAACCACAGAAACGACUUUAGUGGACCCAGUGCAAUGGAUUUCCAAACAGCCCAUGGGUGUCGGAGUCGCAGAGAUUAUGACAAUGCUUUCUUACUGACCUUUCUAGUGAUGAUAAAAACUGCAAUGAUCUUUUGACCAUUACGAGGGAUAAGGUGGCAUUCAUUGAAUGUCAGAUGGUCAUAUUUAAAUUUAUUUGGCUUUAGUUGCUGAUCAGAGAUUAGAAAAUGCAAACCAAUGUUAGAAUAACUGGCAUGCGUCUUUAUAGGUUGAAUCAUCUUUGAUGGAUGCCACAAUGUCCUUCAGUGCCCUUUUUUUUGUUUCAGACACAUUUUGUAUUUCUGCAUAUUUUCUAGCUUUUAUUUUACAGCAUCUUGCCAGUGCUAGAUGCUGAAUGGAUGUGUUGUUUUGUGAUUAUGAAAGGGCUUUAUUCACUGUAAUAGAUAUGACACAUUAGGGUCGUGCACUUUAGUGAAGACUACACAGAAAACCUUCAGAAGGCUUGUGGAUGUCUGAUGUCCUGUGUAAUGCGCCCUGAUGUCUCUCCAUCUACAGCUUUGAAUACGAGCCGAGUGAUUUGAUCUGUCAAAGAAAGAAGUUUAAAUAAAAAAAAUACAAACAAA